AUGUCGAAUCCCUUAAAGCCUUCGGGAGGAGGAGCUUCACCUUUUAUCAAGCGAGAGCAGCUUCGAAGGGACUUCCUGCGGUCGAGAAUGAAGAAGUCUAGCACUCCGAAACCGUUUGUUAAAAGAGAGGAUCCAGACGUUGUAGAUGCGAACUUGGGGCGUGUUCUACAUGAUGGGGGGCUUGUGGGCGAUGAUAUGGGUGUUAGAGUUAAGGGAGAGCACAGUAAUGAUUACAACGAGUUUCCUCUGAGAGCUGCAACGAGUAAAACUCUUGAUAAUGUGAGAACGCAUAUUUUGAAGUUUCAAAGCAAGAAAAAGAUCAAUCCGGUCGAAGAUUUCCAUUUGCCUAUCCGGCUGCACCGUAAAGAUACGCGAAACUUGCAAUUCCAAUUGACACGGGCCGAAAUCGUACAGAGACAGAAAGAAAUUGCAGAAUUUCGGGCGCGAGAGAUGGGUAAUACUGAAGAUGGGAAGCCCAAUGAAAGUAUGAAUGCGACGCCGAGUGGCGCUGUGGUAACGGUAUCAGACGCGUCUCCGACUCCUGGUCCAGCCUCUGCCUCAGAAACACAGGUCAAGAGUGAAGACACGGGCACAGUCACUACGGAAGGCACACGCGCAGUCAAGACUGAAGACGCAGUCACUGUCAAGGUAGAGGAUAAACCACUGUCUACGAAAUUGGAAGAGGCAGGGCCCUCUGCUGACCCAACGAAAGUUGGCCUUGUGACGUACGAUGGUAAGGAAAAACCAAUGGAGGUCGAGCAAGGGAAAGAUGAGGUUCUCGCAGAAGUAGCACCAGACGGCGGCGGACGGUUCAGGAGACAGAAUUCAAAGCGGAAAACUCGUCAAUUGAAACUUUUGGACGAAAACGCUAAACGGCUUAGGUUUGAAGAGUUUUAUCCCUGGGUCAUGGAAGAUUACGAUGGGCUCAACACUUGGGUUGGGUCGUACGAAGCUGGCAAUUCAGAUUCGUAUGUGCUCUUGAGUGUUGAAAACGAUGGGUCCUUUACUAUGAUUCCGGCCGAUAAAGUUUACAAGUUUACAGCAAGAAACAAAUAUGCUACAUUAACGAUUGAUGAGGCUGAAAAGCGCAUGGAGAAAAAUGGGAAAGGUAUACCGCGUUGGUUAAUGAAACACUUGGAUGAUAUCGGAACUACCACCACUCGGUACGACAGAACCAAGAGAAGACUGAGAGCAGUAGAUGCUAGGCACGGAGACGAAGAAGAUCGGGCAGACAAUUCAGAAGUCGAACUCGACUUUGAUGAAGAAUUUGCCGACGAUGAAGAGGCUCCGAUUAUAGAUGGUGAUGAAAAGGAAAAUCGAGAAUCAGAGCAACGUAUCAAGAAGGAAAUGUUGCAAGCAAAUGCAAUGGGUCUCCGCGAUGAGACUGAGAUAGAUGAUGAAGAAUUGUUAGGGGAAAAGAAAAUUGAUAACGAGGGUGAGAGAGUUAUGAAAGCAUUACAGAAAUCUGAUAUGGCAGCACUUUACGAAUCUGAUGACGAGUCGAAGCUCAACCCAUAUCUUUCUGAAUCGGAAAAUGAGAACAACGAAGAGAACGCCGUCAAGAAAGAAGAGGACGACGACGAAAAGAACAGCAGAAAAUCUUCUCCCACAAAGAGAUCAAGGGAGUCGUCGUCUACUCCUCAAAUCCAUGUGAGAAGUAUUAAGGAUUGCGUUAUUGUCUUGAAAGCAGACAAAAAAAUCUUGGGCAAAUAUCCACCUGGAAACUGGAAUCCAGGUGCGCAGCGUCCCAAGUCAGAAGAACCGCAAAAAUUGCCUAAGAACUCUGCUCCAGGUGAAGAACAAGGUGAGGAUCCUGCUCUUUUGACAGAACAGGAUAUCGUAGAGGCAGUACAGGGAAACAAGAUGACUUUGAAACAAUUGAUUAGGGACUUGAAGUCUAAAGUGGCCCUGCAUCCCUCCAAUAAGGAUAGAAUGAAGCUGUACGUCAGAAAGCUUCUCAAGUUGAACAACGGUUACCUCGAGCUGAACAAAUAA